ACCAACGUUCGUAGUCUUGUAUGUAUGCGUAUUGUACAGGACAGUUUAGCUAGCUAGUAGUGAUGGCUGCAGUACAGUUUCGGAAACUCGAAGAGGACGAAAACGGCAUUGGAAAAGUACAUAUCGGUCUUUCAGGUGUCGAUUCGAAGAAAGAUCAAACAUUUACUGUGGAUGACGCAAUUGAGCACUGUGGGUUUGGUUUGUUUCAAAUUUGGGUUUCUAUUUUUUCUGGACUCAUUUGGAUGGUAUUUGCAAUGGAAGUUAUGUUACUGUCAAUUCUUGCACCUGAAAUCCGUUGUGAUUUUAAUUUGACAGACUGGCAAGAGGCAUUGAUUACAACAAUUUUCUUUUGCGGAAUGCUGUUUGGAUCGAUCCUGUGGGGGAAAGUACUGGACAAUUGGGGUCGAAAGCUGGGCUUGUUUUUGUCAGAAAUUUGGGUAUGCUAUUUUUCCAUGCUGAGUGCAUUCGCACACAGUUAUGUCUGGCUGCUUGUGCUUCGCUUUCUAAUUGGUUUUGGUUUAUCAGCAUCACCACAAGUAGUUACUUAUUAUGCAGAGUUUCUGCCGGUAAAAAGCAGGGCAUAUUGUCUUGUUCUUGUUGAGGUAUUCUUCAACAUUGGUUUAAUAUUGGAGGUAGUACUAGCUAUUAUUGUGAUGCCACGGUUAAAUUGGCGUUGGCUUCUUGGUCUGACAGCUAUUCCACUCUUUAUUGAUCUGUUUACUUUCAAGUUUGCUCCAGAGAGUCCUCGAUAUUAUGUUGCUGCUCGUCAAUUAGAUAAAGCUCGUCGUGUUCUUGAGAAAGUGGCAAAAAUCAAUGACAAACCUUUACCUGCUGGUAGACUUGUUUCUGAUCAAGACAGGAAGACUUUUGAAACAGUCCAAGGGUCAUAUUCGAGCACAGGUUCUAUUGCACAUGCAAACGAUGACUCUACUGAUAGUGAUGUCAUAAAAGCAGAGGACUCUCAUAUUGAGACCACAAUAGUCAGUGAAACUGAACAGUUGCUUACAUCUAAUGAUGAAAGCAAAAUCAAUCAGGUGUAUCAUAGUGAUCACGGAAGCAUUUUUGGUUUGUUUUCAUCAAAACAGCUAGGUGGCAGCACUAUUCUUUUGUUGUUUAUUUGGUUUGGUAUGUCUUGUACAUACUACGGCGUUACUUUUCUGACAACAGAGAUGUUGGCAAUUGUCAAGGAGAGAUCUAAUGAUUCAACUGUUGUUCCUUGUAUUGAAUAUGCACCAGUUGACGACACUCACUGUGCCAGACUUGAGCAGAAUGAUUAUUUGACUGUAAUGUGGACUACAGCUGCAGAAUCACCAGGAGUCAUUAUCACGGCUCUAAUAAUAGAGAGGAUUGGUCGUAAGAAAACGAUGGCAGUAGAACUGGCUGUUUGUGCAGCCAUGUUUCUCCUGAUGUUGAUAUGUCCCAUUAAGAUGACUGUGUUCAUGGUGUUUGUGUUUAUAACACGUGCUCUAGCAACAGGAGCAUUUCAAGCUGUAUAUGUUUAUACACCUGAAAUAUUUCCAACCAGUGUGAGAGGACUGGGUUUGGGCUGUUGCAGUGGAGCAGCUCGAUUGGGAGCAAUAACAACACCUUUUAUUGCCCAGGUUUUAUUGAGAGUAUCUAUGGAUGGUGCAAAGGGGACUUAUGCAGCAAUAAGUCUGUUGUGUUCUGUCUUUGCUUUGUUACUUCCUAUUGAAACUAAAGGCAGAAUUAUGAAGGAACAGGUAGAUCAAUGACCAAGGUCUCUUGACUUAAUUUAUAUAUCUAAUUGCAUUUGCAGGAUAUAUGUGACAGUACAGUAGUAAUUUGAUAAAGUUCAUACAUUCUGUAAAAUGGUUCUACAUGUAACAAGUUUAAAAGCACCCGAGUAACAGUUGUAGUUUGGUUGUUUAUCUUCUAGAAGACGUGUAAUUAAGUCCUUGCUUGUUGUUUUCGAGGGAACAUCACGCCAUACAGUCCUGUUGCUAUUCCUCUCGUGGAAGGACCACACGGAAUGAAUGAUGAAUGAAUGGAUGAAUG